AUGGCAGAUUCAGCAACGGCUUCAGCAGCUGUAGCAACUUCAACUUCAAACACUACGAAAAGUGGUUUGAAAGCAUAUCAUCAUUUAGCUUCAGGAGCUCUAUCAGGUCUAUCAUCGGCGAUCGUACUUCAGCCUUUGGAUUUACUGAAAACUAGAUUACAACAAGGUAGUUUUGAUGAGAAUGGAACUAUCCAAAAACGGCGGAUACGAGGCGUUUUCAAGCAAGUACUGAAAGAAGAUGGUGUACAAGGAUUAUGGAGAGGUACAGUGCCCACAUUAGUACGAAAUGUGCCAGGUGUAGCGAUCUAUUUUUACUCUUUAUCAACGAUACGACAUAAAUUAUCCUCCAUACCGUACUUCUCAGUCACAGUUCCUGCUCCUGUAUCGCCAUCUUCAAUUUCAUCCUCUUCUUCGUCAUCUCCACCGAAAUCUCAAACACAAUCACGGUCUGCCAUAAUAAAGCUCUCGUCGGGAGGUAAUUUAUUGGCUGGAGCAAUAGCGAGGACGUCUGUAGGAUUCGUACUGAGUCCUAUAACAGUUGUCAAAGCUCGAUUCGAGUCAAAUAGAUAUGCGAAUUAUCAUUCGAUACCAUCAGCUUUAGCUUCUUUAUAUCGUACGAACGGAAUAAGAGGAUUUUUCCAAGGAUUCACAGCAACAGCAGUGAGAGAUGCUCCAUACGCUGGAUUAUACCUUGUGUUUUAUGAAAAAGGGAAAGAUUUCUUAGGGAAAAUAACGGGAAUACCUAAUGCCGCUCUACAUUCUGGAUCGGGUGUAAUGGCUGCUGUAUUCGCAACGUUAUUGACAUCACCUGCGGAUGUUGUAAAAACAAGGAUGCAAGUGAAUCCGGCUGAUCAUCCAACAUUGAGAAAAGCUGUCACACGUGUAUUACAAGACCGUGGACCAUUAGGUUUCUUCUCAGGAACAUCAUUACGAAUAUCAAGAAAAGCAGCUUCAGCAGCUAUUGGUUGGACGGUAUAUGAAGCCAUAUUGUUAUUUCUGAGGGAUAGAGAUGGUAAAUUACAAGCGAAGAAUCAAGAACAAUGGAAUAAAUUAUUAUGA